UCUCUCCCUCCAGGUGGCCCACCCCCUGGUCCAGAAGCAGUUGGUGGACUACAUCCACAGCGGGUUCCUUGUGCCAGUCAUGGGCCCGGCUUUGCACAAGACCUCCAUCGAGGAGAUGAUCGCCAGCACGGCCUACCUGGACCUUUUCCUGCGUAGCAUCAGUGAGACCCCCCUGCUCAAGACCUUCCUCCGCUUUCUCCUCCUCCACCGCCAUGACAACAGCACCAUCCUUGACACACUGGUCGGGCGCAUCGCCAGCAACUCCCGGCUCUGUAUGGUGUCACUUAGCCUCUUCCGGACUCUGCUCAGCCUCCACUGUGAAGACGUCAUGCUGCAGCUGGUGCUCAGGUACCUGGUCCCAUGCAGCCAUGUCAUGUUGAGCCAGAAGAGAGCAGUGAAGGAGCCCGACCUCUAUGGCAAGGCAGCAGGCAAGUUUCUCUCGCUCAUCCCCCGAUGCUGUCGUCCUGAGAGCCUGCCCCCGCCCGAGCGUGAGGAGGAGCAGCACGCUGCCUGGUCCAAGGGCCAUGGCAGCCCCAGCGUGGACUCUUCAUCCUCCGUGGUGACCGUUCCCAAGCCCUCUACGCCAUCUCGGAUCUCCUUUUUCAUGCGCCAGUCCAGCUUCAGCACCGAGACAUCCAGCCCCACGCCUCGUUCUCCAGGGACACCCACAGGCAGCCCUGCCCACCGUCCUGGCCGCUGGGAGGAAGUGGGUGAGCUGGAAGGGAACUACUUGGAGUACCUACGAGAUGCUCGGAUGAAUGUGGACCGCUGUGUCUGGGCCUGCCGCAUCUGGUCAGCCCCUUAUGAUGGGGAGGAGCCCAGCGCCAACAGCAUGGCCCCAGGUGCUGGGACCUCCCUGCCCCCCCACAGUGACUGCUUCAGCUACACCUCCUUCCACGCGAGCGGGCAUCCUGGCCCCAUGCCUGCCUCCCCCCGGACUAAAAAACGGGGCCUGACAGAGGAAGUGGCUGGCCCAGAAAAGGCUCCAUCUGGCACAGGGCCAGGCACACCCUUGUCCCCAGGCCCCCAGGAUGCAAGCAACCUACUCAAUGGAGCCCACAUGGACACAGGUGUCAAGAAAGUUCGUUGGUGCGCACAAGGGGGUGUGGUGCAAAACGGUGCAGCCUCAACCACCACGGGCUCUGCCGCCACUGCUGCCAUCUCCUCCUGCUCUGGGCCAGGGCCUGCUCGGCCACCAUCACCCUGUUCAGACUCACUUCUGGACGAGCUGCUCUCCCAGGCACCACUGGUGGAAAAUGGUUCUGCCUCAACAGUGGAGAAGUUCACAGCAGAGCUGAGCCGGAUCGAGGAUGAAAUGGAGAAUGGGGGCCGAGAGAGGGAGGAAGAAGAUGCCCUGCUGCUCACCCAGAGAGCCCCUCCAGAGCCAGACCCCCUCUCUCAUGAGGAGGAGGAGGCUUACCGCAGCUUUUCCUCCCACUUGGACAGCACGGGGCAGCCCCGGCCACCUGACCCCCUGGCCCAGCUCAUCAGCAGCCCCCCGCGAACUCCUGGGCAACCCGUGAGCCAGCCCUUCACAGGGCCUUUUGUGGCUGUCCUCUUGGCCAAGCUAGAGAAUAUGCUGCAGAACUCACUCUACGUCAACUUCCUGCUGACGGGGCUCAUCUCCCAGCUGGCCUGCUACCCACAACCUCUUCUGCGGUCCUUCCUGCUCAAUACCAACAUGGUCUUCCAGCCCAGCGUCAAGUCCCUUAUCCAGGUCCUUGGCUCAGUGAAGAACAAGAUUGAGAGUUUUGCUGCCAGCCAAGAGGACUUUCCUACCCUCCUCUUCAAAGCCAAGAAGUAUCUGAUUGCCCGUGGCAAGCUGGACUGGUCGGACACCCAGAAUGCCGUCCCCUCUCUGCGCCGGUCAGAGACCCUUGUGAAGAGCCGGAAGCCCUCCCUGGGGGAGUUGAUCAUGCGCCAUACCAACAGCCCUACUCGUGCACGCCAGGCAGCCCAAUUGGCCCUGCAGCACAUGCGUGAAGGUCCGGUCAUGCACGCCUUGUCGGGGGCCUCCCUUUUCCGCAGCUCAGCUGAGAAGCAGAGCGAGGCCCUGCGGGUCAAGAAUGCCGUCUACUGUGCCGUCAUCUUCAGCGAGUUCCUCAAAGAGCUGGCGGCCAUCGCCCAGGCCCAUGCCGUCACCUCCCCCUUCCUUCUGGAGCCCCCCGAAGAGUGACCGGGAGUCAUUCCCCAUUCCCUCCCUCAGCUUGAGCAGUGCUGGGGCUCUCAACUGGAAUCUCUUCCCUCCGUCCCUCCAUUCCUCCCUCCACUCCCUUCGGCUUGGCGCUGCCAGGCCUGCACUAAUGAGGGAGGAUGGGGAGCGCCCUGCUAGCUGCGGGCGACUUUUUAAAACUCCACGGACACGGACCUUUUUAAUUUAUUUGGAAUGAAUGUUUUUCUGGAGAAUUCGUUGCAAUAUGUAUAAAGGAAGCUCUCUCUCUC